UUGUGGAGACACAAACCAAACCAGGAGAAAGGGUUCUAGGAUGGAUCAUGAAGAUGUUACCAGGAGAGCCGUCGAAAAGAAGAACAAGCUAGCUUCGUCGUUAAUACAUGCACCAUUUGCCAUUUGUGGGCUUUGUUGGGCUUUUGUGUAUCAGAAGCUCAUUUAUAAACAAACAUACACUGAUACACACGCGAGAAACUACAAGGUUCCAGCAAGGUUCCAGUUACCAGAUCCUUUGUUAACUCAGAUUCUUAAUCAUCUUCCCACAGAGGAAGCUGUGAAGACAAGCGUUUUAUCCACCAGAUGGAGAACUCUCUGGCUUUGGGUUCAUAAUUUGGAAUUGUCAUUUUCGAAGUUCUCAAGUUUCAAUGCCUUUUUGAGUUUUGGUAACUGGUUUUUCGAUUCCGAUAGAGUUUCAUGCAUAGAGAGCCUCAAGUUAUCUUUAGAUGGAAAUGAUGCAUCCUAUCUCAAACCAUGGAUUGAUGCCUUUGUUAAGCGUAAGAUCCAACGUCUACAUGUUCGUCUUACUCAAGGGUGUGAGAUGCCACUAAGCCUUUACGCCCAACAUAUCACGACUAGCAACGUUGGACGAGAGAAGAGAGGAUCGGCCCGUCUGAAGAAUACUAUAAAUACGGACAUGAGAAUGUACCUGAAAUCUGCAGAGAAAAGCAAUAGAAACUUCUCAUUCAGACUUGUCUCGUCCUGCCCUGUCCUGGAGGAGUUAAAGAUUGAUGUAGUAUGGAUGGAUGGACGAGUCUAUCGGGUGCACUCUCGGUCACUGAAGAGCUUUAUACUAACUGAUUUGGAGUCCGAUGCCAAGUUCGAUAUUUCUCUCCGUUUUCAUAAGUGGGUCUUUAACGAAGCAAAAACAAGUACCAUCCACAUGUUUCUCGCUUGGAUUUCGAGGGUCAGAGAUAUGACGAUAUGUGCACAAACUUUCAAGCUCAUCCAUCAUUACUCAGAAUCUGUUCAGCUACCUCAAUUCGGUUACAUGUCCAGUCUAUACAUUACUCUCAAUGCAUCAGAUUUGAAAUGGUUUCCAAUCUUUCUUAGGAGUAUCCCGAAUCUGAAAUCCCUCAUCUUAGUGAUGGAACGGACUGGUUCUUCCCAUCAACUGUCUCCCAAGGCGAUCAAACGAGUUAGUAUUUCAUCUGUGCCUGAGUGUUUGCUAUCGUCCCUCGAGUUUGUUGAAUUCAAAGCCCCAAUUUGUGGACUUGCUCCAGAGAUGAUGCUAGUAUGGUACUUCCUAGAGAACUCUCCCACACUCAAGAAACUCACUCUACGUUUGAAGUCUCAUUCAACAAAAGAUGACUUUGUCAAGAAACUCCUCAAAAUCCCAAGAUGCUCUACAGAAUGUGAAGUCAUCUUUCUUUGAUUGGUAAAGAGCAGAGAGAAAUGCAGAUCUAAGCUUUCUUAUGUUUCUUUCAUUGGAUUGAGCAAAAAAAUGGUAUAGUGAGAAACACCUUGAACUUAGAGAGUUCCAAAUGGAUAGAGGAGACUCGGAAGCUUAAACAGAGAGAGAUAGUUGUUAUAUGAGUGUGUUUUUGACUGGAUUUUGUAAUUGUUGAUUAUAUAGACCAGUUAAAUUGUUCCUAGCAAAUAUAAUUACCAAAAGCAA